UUUAACUAUGCUGCUCGAGCGAGUAUUGCGACGACGGUGAUUGCGCAGCCUGAGGACGAUGAAGACGGAUUUCAAGUUCUCCAACCUUCUGGGGACCGUUUACCGCAAAGGAAACCUCAUCUUCACCCCCGACGGAACUUGCUUGCUCUCUCCGGUUGGUAAUAGGGUUACGGUUUUUGAUCUUAUACACAAUAAAUCAUAUACCCUCCCUUUCGCCCAUCGAACCAAUAUCUCACGAAUUGCCCUUUCUCCCAAGGGCAACCUCCUCCUCUCCGUUGACGAACAUGGAAAAGCCAUUCUGACCAACUUCAUUCGUCGAAUAACCAUCCACCAUUUCUCGUUUAAAUCUACAAUCUCCGCACUCGCCUUUUCACCUUCCGGGCGCCACUUUGCUGCUGGAGUCGGUCGGCGAAUUCAGGUCUGGAAAACACCCUCUACGCCUGGUGCAGAUGGCAAUGGAGAGCUAGAAUUCGCACCAUUCGUCCUGCAUAGGGAGUACGUGGGCCAUUUUGAUGUGGUGCAGAACAUACACUGGUCGAGCGAUUCCAGAUUUUUCCUUAGCGCUUCGAAAGAUUUAACGGCCAGGAUAUGGAGUUUAAAUCCGGAGGAUGGGUUUGAACCAACAACUCUUGCGGGGCACCGAGAAGCCGUGCUAAACGCUUGGUUUACUGAGGAUCAAGAGUCGAUCUACACCGUGAGCAAGGAUGGCGCCCUAUUUCGAUGGCAAUUUGGCGGCAAGUCCGAUGACCCAGAGGAAAUGGUAGAUAGCUCGGAUAUGCGUUGGAGGAUCACCAAAAAGAACUUUUUCAUGCAAAACAACGCAAAGGUUAAAUGUGCGGCGUACCAUGCGGCUUCUAACCUUCUAGUCGCUGGUUUCUCCAAUGGCCUAUUUGGACUUUAUGAACUACCGGAGUUUUCUCAAAUACAUAUGCUGAGUGUCUCACAGAGCAAUAUUGACUUUGUGACCAUGAAUAACUCUGGCGAAUGGAUCGCAUUUGGAUCUUCGAAGUUUGGCCAGCUGCUGGUGUGGGAAUGGCAGUCUGAGUCCUAUAUCCUGAAACAGCAAGGCCAUUUGGAUUCUAUGAACUCCCUCGUAUAUUCUCCAGAUGGACAAAAAAUAAUAACCGCGGCGGAUGAUGGGAAGAUCAAGGUCUGGGAUACCAAUUCCGGAUUCUGUAUAGUCACGUUUACGGAGCACACUAGUGGUGUCACGGCUUGCCAAUUCUCGAAGAAGGGAAAUGUUUUAUUUACCGCAUCAUUAGAUGGCUCAAUUAGAGCAUGGGAUCUCAUUCGAUAUCGAAAUUUCAGGACAUUUACUGCACCCUCAAGAUUAGCAUUCUCCUGCUUAGCAGUAGAUCCUAGUGGAGAGGUCGUAUGCGCAGGCUCAUUGGACUCGUUUGAUGUUCACAUUUGGUCCGUUCAAACGGGCCAGCUUCUAGACCGGCUAGCAGGGCACCAAGGGCCGGUGUCCUCCCUAUCCUUCGCUGCGGAUGGCUCGCAUCUGGUGAGCGGUAGCUGGGAUCACACGAUCCGAAUAUGGAGCAUCUUUGGCCGCACGCAGACUAGUGAACCCCUGGAGCUACAAGCCGACUUGCUCAGUGUAGCGUUCCGACCGGAUGGAAAACAAAUUGCUGCUUCCACCCUUGAUGGCCAAUUGACCUUCUGGUCAGUCGAAGACGCUGUGCAGCUGGGAGGAAUAGAUGGUCGACGCGAUGUAUCAGGAGGCCGGAAAAUAUCAGACCGUCGAACAGCCGCCAACGCUGCUGGCACUAAGUCGUACAAUACAAUAACUUACUCAGCAGACGGAAGCUGCCUACUUGCCGCGGGCAACAGCAAAUAUAUCUGCCUCUACGACGUCAGCACUGGCUCACUCUGCAAAAAGUUCACCGUCUCCAUUAACACCUCUCUUGAUGGCACGCAGGAAUUCCUGAACAGCAGAAAUAUGACCGAAGCCGGCCCGCGCGGCCUCAUAGACGAAGCGGGUGAAGCAUCAGAUCUGGAGGACCGCAUCGACAAACGUCUCCCCGGCGCCCGUCGUGGUGGCGACGCAGGCGCACGCACCACCCGGCCCGAAGUGCGGGUAACCUCCGUCGCCUUCUCGCCAACCGGACAAUCCUUCUGCGCCUCGUCCACAGAAGGUUUGCUGGUCUACAGCUUGGACACCUCCUUCGUCUUCGACCCUUUUGACCUCGACCUCUCCAUCACACCCGACAGCAUCCUCGAUACCCUCGCCGAAGCCAAAGCCACCUCCACCACCACCACCUCCUCCGCCCCCGCCUCUUCCACCUCAUCACCAGACACCCAAGCCUCCUUCCUAAAACCCCUCAUCAUGGCCUUCCGCCUCAACGAAGCCCCGCUAAUCUGCAAAGUCUACGAAUCCAUCCCACCAACCGACAUCCGCCUCAUCACCGCCUCCAUCCCCACAAUCUACCUACCGCGCAUGCUCCGCUUCGUCGCCAACUGCGUCGACGAGACGCCCCAUCUGGAGUUCAACCUACGCUGGAUCGAGGCGCUGCUGAGCAUCCAUGGUCGCUAUUUCAAGGACCACGGCGGCCAGCUCGCGACGGAGUUGCGCGCAGUGAGCCGCGUUGUUGAUGGGAUUCGCGAUGAGAUUAAGCGGCUCGUCGAGGGGAAUGGGUAUGCGUUGGAGUAUUUGCUUUCGAAGCCGGUGUUGAGUGGGAAGGUGGGGAAGAAGGGUUCGGGGGAUGAGGUGGUUGUGGUGAAGAAGGCGUCUGAUGCUUCUGGCGAUGAAGUUAUGGAUGAUGCUGGUGAUGGUGACGAUGGUGGGGAUGGGGAGUGGAUGGGUCUGGAUUAAAUUGAAUAUUUUGUUGGUAUAUAUAUACGCUGGCCCCUGACAUCUUUUGUGAUGGAUAUUGAGAUGUUGUACCAUGUAUGCAUUUGCAUGAUGAUGUGUUUUUGUUGUUCUUUAGUUUCUUUUUAUUUACCCGGAGUUACAGCGUAGCAAAAGGGGUAGGAUGGCAAAAAGUUAGCAUGCUGCAUGGAUAAUGGACAUCAUUCUGUAUCAUUGGUUAAUUUUAACUUGAUUCAUUUUCAACAUGAAAGUUUGAAUGUAUCGCCGAAAGAGCAAAAAGUUUUAGGUAGCCAUGAUCAAUCAAGAGCCAAUGGAAAUAUUAGAAAAUAUAAAUAGCACGAAUUGAGCGGAUAAACCAU